GCGGGGCCUGCGUCAGCGGCAGGGACUGCGAGGCACUGCCCAGUCUGGCUACGCUGCUGUCUGUCGCUGGCUCCUCGGUCGCCGCCGACCCGUCCUCGCCGCAGCCACCUUUAUUCCGCCGCCGCCUCUUCUUCGCUGUUGCUCCUGGCCCGUCUGCCCGCAGCCAUGAUCGCGCCCCGCCCUGGUCGAGCCCGCCGCCCUCUAGAUUAGUAUUAGUCCCCGCCGCCGCCCGCGGACCCGCCUGCACCAUGGAGUCACCCGCCUCUAGCCAGCCCGCCAGUUUGCCCCAGUCCAAAGGAAAAUCCAGGAGGAAGAAGGAUUUGCGGAUAUCCUGCGUGUCCAAGCCUCCUGCGCCUAGCCCCACACCCCCCCGGAACCUGGACUCCCGGACUUUCAUCACCAUUGGAGACAGGAACUUUGAGGUGGAGGCUGAUGACCUGGUCACCAUCUCGGAGCUGGGCCGUGGAGCCUAUGGGGUGGUGGAGAAGGUGCGGCAUGCCCAGAGUGGCACCAUCAUGGCCGUUAAGCGGAUCCGGGCCACCGUGAACUCACAGGAGCAGAAGCGUCUGCUCAUGGAUUUGGACGUCAACAUGCGCACGGUGGACUGUUUCUAUACUGUCACCUUCUACGGGGCCCUCUUCAGAGAGGGAGAUGUGUGGAUCUGCAUGGAGCUAAUGGACACAUCGCUGGACAAGUUCUACCGGAAGGUGCUCGAUAAAAACAUGACAAUUCCAGAAGACAUCUUGGGGGAGAUUGCUGUGUCUAUCGUGAGGGCCCUGGAGCACCUGCACAGCAAGCUGUCCGUGAUCCACAGAGAUGUGAAGCCAUCCAACGUCCUCAUCAACAAGGAGGGCCACGUGAAGAUGUGCGACUUUGGGAUCAGUGGCUACUUGGUGGAUUCUGUGGCCAAGACGAUGGAUGCUGGCUGCAAGCCUUACAUGGCCCCCGAGAGAAUCAACCCGGAGCUGAACCAGAAGGGCUACAAUGUCAAGUCGGAUGUCUGGAGCCUGGGCAUCACCAUGAUCGAGAUGGCCAUUCUGCGGUUUCCUUAUGAGUCCUGGGGUACCCCGUUCCAGCAGCUGAAGCAGGUGGUGGAGGAACCGUCCCCCCAGCUCCCAGCUGACCGUUUCUCUCCUGAGUUUGUGGACUUCACUGCACAGUGCCUGAGGAAAAACCCUGCGGAGCGCAUGAGCUACCUGGAACUGAUGGAGCACCCUUUCUUCACCUUGCACAAAACCAAGAAGACGGACAUUGCUGCCUUUGUGAAGGAGGUCCUUGGGGAGGACUUGUAGGGGUGGGGCCCUGACUCCCACUCUGGCCUCCAGGGCCCCAAGCCCCCUCUGCUGGGGCAGUGCUUGCCGUCACCUGCAAGCUACUGCCACCCUGGCCUUGGGCCUUCCUGGAGGAAUCUGGAGGAAUGUAGGGGGCUGCGCCUGCCUGACAGGGCAACGGGCUGUUGGUCCAAGUGCCAAAGAACCAGACCACUGGAGGCGCCCAGCCGGACCCAUGUGGGCCCCACCGGUGCCUCUGCCCUGUUGUUCCAAGGACCCUAUGUCUCCAUAUCCGAGGCUUUGGACCUGGAGGGGCGUGGAUGCCCCCUGCCGGAUGCUGCUGCCCCUCCCAGGGAAGGCAGCUCAUGCCUCGGUGCAGGCCACUGCCUUGGCCCAGCCCUGGAUGCCACUCAAAGUUGUAUAUUUUUUUAAUCUCACGAUUGAAUGGACUUUGCACACUUUAGCCCAGGGUGGCCACACCUGUGUCCUGGCAUUGGUGUGGGGGGAUAGAAUAGAGGGAUGAGCCACGUGAAUCCCCCUGAGCACCCUAUGAGUGAGAUGCCAGAGCUGCCCGAGCCUGCACCCCAGCACUGGCAAACGGCCAUUAAGGGCACACAGGGUCAGCAGCCCCGCCUACCACCUCUAGGGGUGUCAUUUCACAUUUUUUAAAAUUUAUCCUCUUUGAUUUUUUCUUUUGCUUUGUGGGUUUGGCUGGUUUUUCUUGCAUGGUUUGGAGCCAAUCACUUUUCUCCCACCCUCUAGGGAACCAGCAGGCUGAGAUAUGCUUUCUCUCCUCUGCUGGGGUUUGGGGGAUGGGUCUCUGUUCAGAGAGCUGCUAGGGGAGCUGCCAGCCCGCUCUCCCUUGGGAUGGGCUCAACAGGGGCUAUGGAUUUGCUUUUGGUAUUGUUUGAAAGAAAAAAAGAAAAUAUAUUUUUUUGAAGAAAGGACUGCCCAUUCUGGGUCCUGUUCCUGAUGGGUUGGGGCAGUUACCUGAUUGCUGUUUUAAUUAAAAAAAAAGUGGGACAAAG